GCCAUGCCCGGGCCGGAGUGAGUCGCGCGGGCGAAAAUGGCGUACAUCCAGAUGGACCUGCCGGCACUGCUGUCAGAAGUGUUACGAGUCCAGCUGUUGCCAGUCGAGUGAGGAUGAAGUUGAAAUUCUGGGACCUUUUCCUGCCCAGACUCCUCCCUGGCUGAUGGCCAGCAGGAGCAGUGACAAGGACGGGGACUCUGUCCACACAGCCAAUGAUGUCCCGCUGACCCCACGUACCAACUCCCCAGAUCAAAGAUGCUCAUCCUCAGACACGUCGAAGUCUACGUACAGCCUGACCCGGAGGAUUUCAAGUCUGGAGUCCAGACGACCCAGCUCCCCGCUCAUCGAUAUUAAACCCAUCGAGUUUGGCGUCUUCAGCGCCAAGAAGGAGCCCAUCCAGCCCUCGGUGCUCAGACGGACCUAUACCCCCGACGACUAUUUCAGGAAGUUCGAGCCGCGGCUGUACUCCCUCGACUCCAACAGCGACGACGUGGACUUCCUGACGGACGAGGAGAUCUUGUCCAAGUACCAGCUGGGCAUGCUGCACUUCAGCACCCAGUACGACCUGCUGCACAACCACCUGACGGUGCGGGUGAUCGAGGCGCGGGACCUGCCGCCCCCCAUCGCCCAGGACGGCUCGCGCCAGGACAUGGCACACUCCAACCCCUAUGUCAAGAUCUGCCUCCUGCCGGACCAGAAGAACUCCAAGCAGACCGGGGUCAAACGCAAGACCCAGAAGCCCGUGUUUGAGGAGCGCUACACCUUCGAGAUCCCCUUCCUAGAAGCGCAGAGGAGGACCCUGCUCCUCACUGUGCUGGAUUUCGAUAAGUUCUCCCGCCACUGCGUCAUUGGGAAGGUGUCCGUGCCGCUGUGCGAGGUGGACCUGGUGAAAGGCGGGCACUGGUGGAAGGCGCUGAUCCCCAGUUCCCAGAAUGAAGUGGAGCUGGGGGAGCUACUUCUGUCACUGAAUUAUCUCCCAAGUGCUGGGAGACUAAAUGUUGAUGUCAUUCGAGCCAAGCAACUUCUUCAGACCGAUGUGAGCCAAGGUUCAGACCCGUUUGUGAAAAUCCAGCUGGUACAUGGACUCAAGCUUGUGAAAACAAAGAAGACAUCCUUCUUACGAGGCACAAUUGAUCCUUUCUAUAAUGAAUCCUUCAGCUUCAAAGUUCCCCAAGAAGAACUGGAAAACGCCAGCCUAGUGUUUACAGUGUUCGGGCACAACAUGAAGAGCAGCAACGACUUCAUCGGGAGGAUUGUCAUCGGCCAGUACUCUUCGGGCCCCUCGGAGUCCAACCACUGGCGGCGGAUGCUCAACACCCACCGCACGGCCGUGGAGCAGUGGCACAGCCUGCGGUCCCGGGCCGAGUGUGACCGCGUGUCUCCUGCCUCGCUGGAGGUGACCUGAGGCUGCAGGGAAGGUACCGGUCAGAUGUAAAAAGAAAAAAAAAAAGAAAAAGAAAAUUUAAGACAAAAAAAUGUGUCAUCGUGUCAUCUACCUAUUACA